AUGCCUCCACACGACUUAGGAGGUCCUUCAGGAGGAAAUAUUCCAUCGACUGGUGCACCGCAUGAACCGAAACACCCGAUAUACAACAUAGUACCCACCGAUCCUGAUCACUGGCCACAAGCGAAAGAUGGCAAUCCGAACCCUCUGGCUCCCGAGGUGCGAGCUGCAGUGGGGGCUCUUCGAAGGGUCGGUGCGAGCUUGGGAUGGCCCGACGACCGAGGCAAUCCGCCAACCGACGUCUUGGACUGCCUUCAAAACGCCUUCAGCUUCCAAUCUGGUAACGUUAUCAACCAGAGGGAGCAUCUGGUUCUUCUGCUAGCCAACACUCAGAUGCGAAUUCGGCCGUUGGAUCCCCUUGAAGCGGAGCCUCUGCUUGACCCGAACGUGAUCACGCUGGUGUGCGACCAGCUGUUGAGCAACUACAAGUCCUGGUGCACAUACGUUGGCAAGAAAACCAGCAUCAUUGACGACUCGGCUCUGGUUGGUCGCAAGAGGACAUCCCCCCCUACAGGCAGCACCGAUAUAGUCUAUUGCUCCCUCUUCCUGCUCAUAUGGGGCGAGGCAGCCAACGUCCGCUUCCUCCCGGAGUGCCUCUGCUACAUUUUCCACCAUCUCGCAACAGAGACGAACGAGCUGAUGACCCAGUCCGCCAGGGCUCUUUCUCGCGACCGCAGCAUUCCCAGCCAGCCGUACGGGUUCCUCAACACCAUUAUUCAGCCGCUCUACAAUGCGAUUAAAGGAGAGGCGGACAGCAAUGUGGGUGGCAAGCUGCCGCACGCCAAGUGGCGCAACUACGACGACUUCAACGAGUUCUUCUGGUCGCCACGCUGCUUCGACCGCCUCUCGUGGCCGCCCAACCAGUCUGCUGUCUUCUUCAUCCCCCCGAACAAGACGGGCCACGAGGGUGGCAAGACGGGCUUUGUGGAGCAGCGCACCAUCCUCAACAUGUUCCGCAGCUUCGACCGCGUCUGGAUUCUCCUCAUCUUCGCCUUCCAGCUGAUGUUCAUCACGGCAUGGAAGGCGGAGGACAGCAACCCCUUCACGUACCUGGCUGGAGACAGGGAUACUGUGGCGCUGCUGCUCACCUGUUUCAUCACAUGGGCCGGAAUCAACCUCUUCCUUGCUCUGGCGGACAUGGUGAUGGAGUGGCGACUCAUCCGCCCUUCCAACAUGCGCUUCAACGUCCGCCUGUUGCUGCGCCUCCUCGUUGCCAUCGCUUGGUGCAUCGUCUUCACCACCCUCUACCUCAUGAUGUGGAAUGCACGCAAGGCAGCCACCUACUGGUCGCCCACAGCCAACACAGCUCUGUUCACGUUCCUCAUAGCAGCGCUCGUCUUCAUGACCCCGCACCUGCUCGGCAUCCUGCUCUUCCUCACGCCUGAAAUCAGCCGCCGCGUGGAGGCCUCCAGCUCCUCCUUCAUCCGUAUGCUCGUCACCUGCCUCGAGGAUGACAACUUUGUGGGCAGGGGAAUGCGUGAAGACACAUGGGACUCCAUCAAGUACUCCAUCUUUUGGCUCCUCCUCCUCGCUGGGAAGUUCGCCUUCAGCUACUUCCUCUUGAUCCGGCCUAUGGUGGAGCCCACCAAGGCGCUGCUCAACACAACCAUCCACUACACCUGGCCGGAGCUCUACAAAUCAGGCAAUUACGUCGCUGUCUUCUGGCUCUGGGCACCAGUUGGUGUGAUUUACAUCAUGGAUCUUCAGAUAUUCUACGCCAUUUUCUCCUCGGUUGUGGGCUACAUCAUGGGUGUCUUUGCUCAUAUCGGGGAGGUGAGCCACGUGAAGCUGCUCACUCUGCGCUUCCGCUUCCUGCCCCGCGCCAUGCACCUCAACCUGCUGCCGCCCUCCACCAACGCCCAGCGCCGCGGUGGCAUGCGCAGCGCCAUGGCGCGCAUGUGGAACCGCAUAAUCAUGACCUACGGGCUCGUCUCGCCAGACACCUGGGAGACGGACGAGCGGUGGGUGGUGCUGUGGAACAGCGUCAUCGAGAGCUUCAGAGAGGAGGAUCUGCUGUCUGACGCCGAGUUGAAUCUCCUCUCUAUCCCCGAGGCCUACACAACGGCCACUGUCUCCCGCUGGCCCAUUGUGCUGCUGGCCGAUCAGGUGGUGAAGGCCACGACCAUUGCCGGCAGGUGGAAGAACUCCUCCUCGUCCCUCUGGCGCCGCCUCUGCUCCUCCGACUUCUGCCGCUGCGCCGUGCUCGAGACCUUCGCCCUCUUCCGCCUUUUACUCUCCCACCUGCUCAUCGCCGGCACGCCAGAGCACCGCAUGGUGCAGCAGCUGCUGGCGGAGAUCGACGGUGCGGCAAGUGGCGCAGCAGGGGAGGCGCACACAGACAGGGACUUUGUGGAUGACUUCAACCUGGGGAAGCUGCCCGCCAUGCAGGCCAAGCUCGUUGCUCUCACUGCGUUUCUGCUCGGAGGACCCACCGAGGAAGAACUUCCCAAGGCCAUCAUGCUGGUACAGAACCUGCACGAGGUGGCGGUGAGAGAUUUCUGGAGCGCCGGCAACUACUCUCUCCUGCUCUCCAAGGGCGUCAUCCCGCGCUCCACCCCCCCUGCCUCGCCGCUCUACGUGGGCGCCAUCCGCAUGCCCGACCCCUCCGACCCCACCUACUUCGCCCCGCUGCAGCGCCUGCACUCCCUGCUCACCUGCCAGAACGCCAUGGCUACCAUCCCUGCGAAUCCCGAGGCCAGGAGGAGGGUUACGUUCUUCUGCAACUCGCUGUUCAUGGCCAUGCCGCCCGCACCGUCGGUGCAGCGCAUGCGGUCGUUCUGUGUGAUGACGCCGUAUUACAACGAGUCGGUGAUGUACUCGCCGGACGAGCUCAGGCGGCCCAAUGAGGAUGGUAUCUCGCUGCUCUACUACCUCCAAAACAUCUUCCCAGACGAGUGGAAGAACCUGGAGGAGCGGCUGGGGGUGCGGGGCAGGGAGGUGUGGGAGUUUGACGACGGUGCUGAGGUGUGCAGAUGGGCCUCCUACCGCGGGCAGACCCUCGCUCGCACCGUGCGCGGCAUCAUGUACUAUCACAGGGCACUGGACCUGCUCUCCUACUUCGACACUGACCCAGACGCCCCUCCCACCCAAGGCCGUGAGCUUUAUUCCAAGCGCCAAACCACCGCCGCCCCUCCCGCUGAAGAAAUGUCCGCUGCUGCUGCCGCCGCUGCUGCCGUCGCCUCCGCCUUUGGUGGCAGCGGGAGGAUGCCAGACGCGGGGUGGGAUUCCCAAGGUUCGGUGGAGCACAUACGGGAGCAGAUCUCGCAGCAUCUCGGGCAGCAGCGCGAGUACGACCCCCAGUUUUCUCUCGCCGACGUGAAGUUCACGUAUGUGGUCGCGUGCCAGAUUUACGGCGAGCACAAGCGCAAGAACGACCCAAAGGCGCGGCACGUUUUGGAGCUCAUGCAGGAGAAUCCGGCGCUCAGAAUCGCGUACGUGGACGAGCAGCCGCCCGCUCUGGGAUCGGGCGGCGGGACUCGGUACUACUCCGUCCUGGUGAAGUGGGACCAGUGGAAUCAGCGCGAGGUGGAGAUUUUCCGCGUGCAGUUACCCGGCCCGAUCAAGAUCGGCGAGGGCAAGCCGGAGAACCAGAACCACGCCAUCAUCUUCACGCGUGGGGAGGCGCUGCAGACAAUCGACAUGAACCAGGACAGCUAUCUGGAGGAGGCGCUGAAGAUCCGAAACUUUCUGGAGGAGUUUUCGGAGUCGAGAAGACGGAUUCUGGGGAUGAGGGAGCAUGUGUUCACGGGCAGUGUGUCGUCUCUGGCGGCGUUCAUGUCGGCUCAGGAGACAGCGUUUGUCACCAUUGGGCAGCGCGUACUGUACAACCCUUUGAAGGUGCGAAUGCACUACGGGCAUCCGGACGUGUUUGACCGCGUGUGGUCGCUGGCGCGGGGUGGCAUCAGCAAGGCAUCGCGAGUGAUCAACAUCAGUGAAGACAUUUUUGCAGGCUUCAAUACCACUCUGAGGCGUGGGGCGAUCUCGCACCACGAGUACAUUCAGGUUGGAAAGGGCCGUGAUGUGGGUUUGAACCAGAUCUCUCUCUUUGAGGCCAAAGUAGCAAGCGGCAAUGGAGAGCAGCUGCUGUCGCGGGACGUGUACCGGCUGGGCCACGGGCUGGACAUAUUCCGCCUGCUCUCCUUCUACACCACCUCCAUCGGCUUCUUCUUCAGCACUGCACUCACCGCCAUGGCUGUGUACGCCUUCCUCUGGGGGAGGUGCUAUCUGGUGCUGUCGGGCGUGGAAGAGACGAUUUCGUCGUCGGACAACCAGGCCCUAUCUGCCGCCAUCAACCAGCAGUUCCUCGUACAGAUCGGGCUAUUCACGUCGCUGCCAAUGCUGAUGGAGCUGAUACUGGAAAAGGGCACGGGGGCAGCCAUUUGGGAGUUCCUGCUCAUGCACGUGCAGCUCUGCUUCGCCUUCUUCACCUUCUCCCUCGGCACGCGCGCUCACUACUUCCUGCGCACACUCAUGCAUGGCGGGGCCAAGUACCGGGCAACAGGGCGUGGGUUUGUGGUGAAGCACGAGCCAUUCGCGGAGAACUACCGGCUGUACUCGCGCAGCCACUUCAACAAAGCAGUAGAACUCCUCCUCUGCCUCAUCAUCUACAUGCUCUACUCCUCCCUCCGCGCCUCCACUGCCUACUGGCUACUCUCCCUCUCCGCCUGGAUCCUCGUGCUCUCCUGGCUGCUCGCCCCCUUCGCCUUCAACCCCCUGGGCUUCGACUGGCUCAAGUGCUGCGAUGACUGGGAGGAGUGGACGGCCUGGUUGUGGGCUAAGGGCGGGAAGGGCGUGACGGAGAAGCAGGCAUGGGUGGCGUGGUGGGACGAGGAGAGGGCGCAUCUGAAGACGACGGGGUGGGGGGGGUGGAUCGUGGAGACGCUGCUGGCGUUGAGGUGGUUCUUCUUCCAGUAUGCUCUCGUGUACCGGUUGGACAUGGCGAAUGCGAGCACGAGCAUCCUGGUCUACGUGUACUCAUGGCUCUUCAUCUUCGCAAUGGGCCUCUUCUGGAUCUCCCUCACUCUCUGCGACCUCUACCUCUCCAUACGCGCCCACCGCCUCCACCGCGCUGUCAAAACCACCAUCUGUCUCGUCUUCCUCGCAGCUUUCAUAACCGCUCUCUCCUUCACAAAACUCUCCUUUUCAGACGUUUUCCUACUUCCUCUGGUAUUCCUCCCCACGGGAUGGGGGUUCCUGCAGCUGACUCUGGUGGUGGCUGGGGCCGAAGCAGCCAUGGGGUUGGUGGGGGAGAUCCUGGGUCAUCCAGAUGAGUUCAUGCCGUUGCUGCGGAUUCGGCACAUGGCGAAGAUGGUGUCGAAGCUUCCCGACGACGAGGAUUUCGCCUUCUGCUACGGCAUGCUCAACCGCGUCAGCAGAAGCUUCGCCUUCGUCAUUCAGCAGCUGCACCCGCUGCUGCGCGACCCGGUGUGCAUCUUCUACCUCGUCCUACGCGCUCUCGACACAGUCGAGGACGACAUGGCAGUGCCAAUAGACGAGAAGGUCCCCAUCCUCAUCGACUUCCACCAACACAUCUGCGACCCCGACUGGAAAUUCGUCUGCGGCAGCAAGGACUACAAGGACCUCAUGCAGCGCCUGCACCACGUGCGCCACGCUCUUGAGAAGCUGGAGCCCCGGUACAAGGCAGUGAUUCUGGACAUAACGAGGCGCAUGGGAGCAGGGAUGGCGUCCUUCAUCACCACCGAGGUGGAGACAGUGGCACAGUACGACGAGUACUGCCACUACGUGGCGGGGCUGGUGGGCAUCGGGCUGUCGGACCUCUUCCAUGCCGCCAACUUGGAAGAAGCGUUUGAGGAGUCCCUCUCCAACUCCAUGGGCCUCUUCCUGCAGAAGACCAACAUCAUACGCGACUAUCUAGAGGACAUAACAGAGGAGCCCGCUCCUCGCAUGUUCUGGCCCAAAGCCAUCUGGGGCAAGUACGCUGCACGCCUGGAGGACUUCAAGGAUGUGGAGAGCAACGGAGCAGCGGCAGUGAAGUGUGUGAACGAGCUGGUGACCAACGCGCUGGGCCAUGUGAGCGACUGUCUCACCUACAUGCACCGCCUCCGAGACCCGCAAGUCUUCCGAUUCUGUGCCAUUCCCCAGAUCAUGGCCAUGGGCACGCUCGCACUGUGCUACAACAACAUUGGCGUCUUCCAAGGCGUGGUCAAGAUGAGAAAAGGUCUAGCGGCGAAGGUGAUGGAGCAGACGUGGAGCAUGGCGGACGUGCGCUCCUCAUUCACAGACUUUGGCUUCGAGAUCCUGAAAAAGGACAAAACCGGAGGUCCUUUCGGAACCAUCCGCAAGCCGGAGGAGCUGGCGCACGGAGCGAACGCUGGUCUCAAGUGGGCUGUUGACGUCCUUGAGCCCAUCAAGGCCAAGUACAACAUCCUCUCUUACGGAGAUCUCUACCAGCUUGCUGGAGUCGUCGCUGUGGAGAUCACUGGAGGCCCAGAGAUCGACUUCCAUCCCGGACGCAAGGAUGAGGAGAAGGCCCCGCCUGAAGGCCGCCUACCUGACGCCACGGGCGGCUCCAACCACCUGAGGGACAUCUUCUACAAGAUGGGCCUCAACGACAAGGAGAUCGUCGCUCUUUCUGGCGCUCACACCCUGGGUCUGCUGGUUCUUCCCAGCGACAAGGCCCUUGUGGAGGACGCUGAGUUCAAGAAGUAUGUUGAGCUCUAUGCCAAGGAUGAGGAUGCCUUCUUCGCUGACUAUGCUGCGGCCCACCAAAGGCUAUCUGAGCUCGGGUUCGCGGAUGCUUGA